AACCUGAAAUGCGAUCGUACGAGAAGCAGUCAUCAGCAUCAUCGAAAUAGAAGAAAGAACAAAGAAUGGCGAUCAAAGGUUUUGCUUUGAUAAAUGAGGAUCUUCUCCAAAACAUACUAUCCAGAUUACCAGCUCGAUCAUUCUCCUACGCUGCGUGCGUUAGCAAAUCAUGGAAUAUAGUCUGCAAUCGGAUCCUUUCUCGCCCUAAGCUCCUGUCUGCUUUCUCUCUCAACCCUUCCUCUCAUAUUGCUACAGUAGAAGUUCUCGAAAAGGUGCUGUCAGAGCCGAUUCGACCGGAUUUUGUCAUUGCCAAUAUUGGUGGCGUACUGAAUUUGAAGCAAACUACUCAACUUAUACUGGAAAGACUAGGGGCUGGGGUUCCUGUAAUCGUAUCCCGGGUUGCUGGAAUCAUAGGGAGAGAUGUCUAUUGUGAUGAGUUUAGAGAGAUAAAAUGGGGGGAUGCCAAUAGUAAUGCUGAUGAUGAACUGGUACCCAUAGAUGGUGCAAACUCUGGCAUCUUGUUGACUGUAGGCUUUGUGCCCGGGCUGAAAGUGGAUGCUAUCCCUCUACUACGAUCUAGAAAGGAACCUCAGGCGAAAAUGGUUGACAAAUUCGUGAUGGAUAUCAGGAGUUAUGUAUCUACUGUUUCAGAUUACACAGCACCACUUGGUAUUAUAUUGUUUGGGAAUGAAGAUACUGAUGUGAAACUUGCUGUUGAAAAGUUGGAUUAUGCCAUGCCCACGGAAACUGUCAUUGUGGGUGAUGAGAGCAGCCAGUUUUUGUACAAAGGUGGCAGUGACGGUAGAAAUUUCACCAGCAUUCUAAGAUCCCAUUCUGAUGCAGUUGCUCUUGUCUUUGCAAAAGAUAGAAACAAACCUCAUGGUAUAGGGGAAAUCCAAUUCCAUGUUGCAUUGUCAAAUGGUCUUUCAGCAAUUGGUCCUAGAUACAAGGCAGUUGCUGUCAGAGUUACUGACUCUGAUUCUGUUACAUGGCUGACUGCAAGAAGAGAAGGGGAGCUAGAGAUUCUUGAUGGCCAACAAAUCCUAAAUGAUAUAAGUAAUGAGUUAGAAGAUGGUAUUAUCUGUGGCGAGCUGUAUGUUGGAGUUACAAAACGAAGAAAUUUCUCCAUUGGAUCAGAGAAACAAAGGCCGAUAACAUCCAUGGCUUUCCAUAAUGUGAUGGGUGGAGAUGAGGAGUAUCUUUAUGCUGUUGGUGUUGGUAUCAAAACUGGUGACUAUUUUCGGAUAUACCAAUCAGAUCCUGAUGCUGCACUUAGCUCAUCUAGCAAUGCCACUGUAGAGCUUAGAAAUUUGAAGCUGGAUUGGAAUUCCAAAGUUUGCUCUGAAACAACAGGUGUUGUUGAUAGCCUUGAUAAGAAGGAAGCUUUUGGAGGCUUUAUAUUCUCUUGUUGUGGCCGUGGUAAAUCAUUCUUUCGACGUUUCAAUGUUGAUAGCUCUCCUUUCCUGGACAACUUUCCUGGGAUGCCAUUGGCAGGAAUAUUUUGUUGUGGGGAAAUUGGGCGCGACUUCACAAGCUCGAGGUUGGAAGAAAGCCGAGGAGGCUCUGUUCAUUGCUGUAUGCAUGUAUAUAGCACAGUUUAUCUGCUGAUGUCAUACUCUCCAGCACGGGCAAACCAUUAGUGUUUGUCCAUCCUUUCCUUCAAGUUUGACGAGACUUGCAAGGCUACAUGACAGUUUCUAGCGUUUGCACGUGAAUAUAUAUAUAUAUAUAUAUAUAUAUAUAUAUAUAUCUAAUAGGUAAUAUUGCAAGUUGUUGAUGUAGAUAAAGAAAGAAUUUGGGUAAACUUCACAAGAAUUAUGACUUCUGAGAACAGAACUCUCUCUCUCUGGAUGUUGGAUUGAAAUCUUUGCUUUCUUUUUGGGUUCAUUAUGUACCCUGUUCUAAAAGGUGGAACAUCUAUGAGAGCUGCCAAUAAUCACAUUCACAAAA